CGCCGCCUGUUUGGUUUGAGCCGGUUUCGACCUGUCCCACAAUGCACUGCGAAAGAACAUGGCCGUGUCUGUUAUAGGUGGUUUGUCCAAACGAGAAUGAACGUGCAGCUUCCAUGCCACAUCCGCUGACAUUUCGUAAAAACAAUCUGUUAUCCAAGCCUGUCAAGUUACACUUACAGAUUAUGUUUUUGUAAUUGCACUGUGAAGAGCCGACGAGUCCCUGCGUGCAUUUCCGGAUAAUUGUUCUGUGAUAGCUGAACUGAGUCAAGAUGGCAGGAGUUGUAGCCAAGCGUGAGGGACCACAGUUCAUCAGUGAAGUGGCCGUGAGGGGGAACGCCGCCGUGCUGGACUACUGCCGCACUUCUGUGUCCGCUCUGUCCGGAGCUACAGCUGGCAUCCUCGGGCUGACUGGACUCUAUGGCUUCGUUUUUUAUGUCCUCUCCUCUUUCCUCCUCUCCCUGCUGCUCAUCCUGAAGGCCGGACGGCGGUGGAAUAAGUGCUUUAAAUCACGGCGGCUGCUCUUCACCGGGGGCCUUGUCGGCGGCCUUUUCACUUAUGUCCUUUUCUGGACUUUCCUCUAUGGAAUGGUGCAUGUGUACUAGAAUGAUCUGUCAUAAAUAACCUUGAUUAACCCAACACUAUUGUCUGCCCUGCUGUUAGUAGAUAAGCCAUUAGUCAAAUACUUUUUUCAAUUUUGAACCGCUGAUUAAAACAGGAUGUGUCAAUUUUAGUAUGCAGAAUAACCUUAUUUUUCCUGCUCCACACAUAGCUGUGACUUAGACUUAUUCAACCUGUAUAUCCUGCUCUGUGCUCAGUAUCAUUCACAACACGAAGAGAUCCAGAGUUUGUAUAAUGUAGACCAUAUGUUAUAUAAAUCAAGAUAAUAUCCUAAAUGUUAGCAUUUUCCAUGUACAAUAUUAUAGUUAAAUUAUACCAUCUGAUAAAUUACACUGUACAACUUGUUUUUAUAUAUUUUUAUCAGUUUGUCAUCAGGCAGUUUCAUUUUUUGACAACAUGAAAUGAAAAUUACAAUUGUAUUUCAAACAAAGACCAUUUAAUAAAUAGUAACAAACAAAAGGUUUGAGCAUUGCAGCAUUCAUUAACAAUCAGCCAGUGAAUCAGCAGUGAACGUUUGCACUACACAGACUUGUAGCACAUUACAACUACAUGUAACUAUCAUGAAUAAGAUUGUGUUGUAGGCGUUGCAUGGCUGAGCUCAAUGUCGACAUACACCAGGAGCCCCAGCAGUGUGUAACACUACUAUUUAACAGCAGUGCAUGAUGCAUUCAACUGAAAUACCAACAAUUAAGACAACUUUUUAAAUAUUGCUUCUGAGUGCAGUUUUAAGAUAUUUAAUCUACAAUCAUUAAGGGGUUUUGUGACUUGAUUUAGCAGAGAUUACUUUAGAUCGUAUUUAUUAGCAAUGUCUAUUUUACUUAAUCCAAUUCUGCUAUUGAAGUUCAUGACUUCACAGCUAAUACUUUUCCAUGAAAUGACAAAAUAAAAUAAU